GCCAGCUGACCCUGUAUGCAAAUAUUGCUUGGUGAGGUUUGAAUCAAUAACGAUCAAAUACUGCUCCCCGUGGAAAGGAGAACGCCACAAUCAUCCUCGAUGACGGGUUCACCUGAAGAUUUAUCCUCUCUCAAGACAGCUGAUCACUAUCGCUUUUUGGCAAAGAAUUAUGAUUACUUCUACAAGGAGACCAAGGAAGCUGAAACUAAUGUCUUGUUGAAGUACUUCAAUGUACAACCUCACCACACUGUCGUAGACAUUGGUAGUGGAACGGGCUUUUUAGCAGAGCGACUUUUCGAGAGGUCCGAGCUGAAAAACCCCGUUUGGUGUGUGGAUCCAAGCGCAGAAAUGCAAGAAGAAGCCAAGAAAAAGAAAGGCGUGUUCCCCGUACAGAAACCUGCCGAUGAGUUCCUGGAUGAAUCGGCCCUAGACCAGUGCUUCGACAGAGCGAUGUGUAUUGCUACGCCUCACCAUUUUGCCGAUGCUGUGAAAAUCUACAGGGGUGUAGAAUCCAUUCUAUCUCCCGGUGGUGUGUUUUUGGUCAUGGAAGCCCGCGGAUUUACAUUUCCUUGGUUUACGAAAGUAGAGAAUCGCAUGGGAACUUUCUUUGGUGAGCGAAAAGAGAUCACCUCGGCAUGCCUGCGAUUAACGAAAUUUGAUGUGGAAGUCACGGAAGAGAACAUCGACUUCAAGGUGACGAAAUCUAAGUGGUACCACAUGCUGCGGGGACGCUUCAACAGUAAUUUAACGGAGUUUACUGAUCAGGAAAUUGAAGAAGGAAUUGAUGAACUGGAGAGAGGAAAGCUCGAAGAUUUGAAACCCCAAGAUGAUAUCAGCAUUUCUUGCACGUUGCUCGUAUUUAUAGCUAGAAAGAAAAGUAACUCGACAGUGAAUGUUUGACUGAUCAAUCAGUA